CUGGAUUCCGCAUCCACAACAGCAGCAUGCCCUUCGGCCUCAAUUGUCUUUGGAUCUGAUGGGGGCCGAUUUCGAGGGAAUCAUCACGUGAGACGUUGUGUUCUGUCUGCCAAAAUCCAGCAGAUUGAUACCGAUGAUGAGGGAGACUUCCGGUUGCAGCUCUGACGUUUCCUUAGCUCCGUUCGACAUGACCUUCUUCUUCUUCUGCAUCUUCUCUAUGGAGACUCAUCGGACUUGCUUCGGCCCCUCUUGACGACCGGUUGUAGCAUAUCGUCAAGAUACCCCACCGAGGCUGGUCAAGUGGAGUGCGACUCUUCCAUCGUCAUGACAUUGAUCAUUGCCCCGAGCGGGCGCCAUGGGAUUUGGCUCAGACGCCUCACGCCAGCUUCACCGUCUAUCCUCCCUCGCUUUCUACCUUCUCCCGCUGUUCGAGUUAUCCAAGUGUUCUACCCAGCCACAUAUGCAUAGCCAGAAGUAUAUGCGUCAUGGCUCAUGGUGUUAGGGCCGAGUUGUCCCGAUCCGCUCGGGACCCCCUUACCGGCGCGUGAAAGCAGCCACUGAGAAUGCGAUCAACACUCACUUUCUCACAACAAUCCUCUACGCCAUGCUCAGACGAAGACUCUCCACAGGCCUCCUCCGCGCCGCCGCCCCCGCCCCCACCGCCACCCCCAUCGCUCACCACGCCCGCUCCAGGUCCCUCGCCUCCGCCGUCCUCCUCUCCUCCGAGAGAAAUUGGAAGACAGAGACUGUCGUGGGGCUCAAGGCAGAGCUCAAGAAGCGCGGUCUGUCCCAGAAGGGCAACAAAGCCACCCUUAUCUCGCGUAUCGAGUCUGCCGAGACGACCUCUCUCCUCGGCCCCUUACCUCCCUUCCCCUCCGGCGCCAGAGCCCUCUCUACCUCCUCUCCUGCAGCUUUCCCACCAAAGAAGAAGGCCAGCAGCGCUCCCAAGGAAGAGAGCCAUGACGUCGCACCGGGUGUUAGCACCACCGACCCUGCGCUCCAAGUGGAGUCCCAGCGCACAGCAGCCGUCCACCCCGACCCCGUCGCUCCUGAGCAGAUCACUGUUGCCCCCGGACUCCCCGAGAGCAAGAACGCCGCUGGCUCCGGGUCUUCUGAUCUCAGGAUCCCCAUCACCACCAAUGCAGCGGAUUCUGGAGAGAUUGAGCAGGUUAUCCCUCUGACCCCGGACAACUUUGCCUCCAACUCUGCUCUCCCCUCUUCUUCAUCACCUUCCAAAGACCCCAAGGUCCUCACCGUCGCCUCUGCCUCGACGCACCACGCUGGCGGGCCCGUUCACGGCGUGCACGGCCACACCGACGCCCACGCCCUCGAGGCCAGCGAGCUCGAGCUCCCCUCGUUCGAAGGCUUCACCUCUUCCAUCUGGAACGCUCCCAGCGCCGCUUGGAAUGCCCUCAGCUUCAGCCUCCCUAAAGCGGAGAAGAAGGACUACAAGUAUGAGAAGCGGGCUUUGGACGACCACGAGAGGACGGGUGCUUGGAUCUUGGCGGGUGUGAUUGGUACCGGUCUGCUUGUGGGUGGGCCAAAGAAGGAGAAGAAGAGCCAUGGUGAUGUCGCGCACGGUGUGGAGGCUGUUGCGAGCCAGGUGAAGGGUGAUGCCCAGUGGGAGAAGGCGAGCGGAGCUGGUGUCGUUGGGCAUGGCUCGAGGAAGGAUUAGGGGAAGGGGAAGAUGAUAGAUUUGCAUAGUGUGUACGAAAAAACAAACCUCACCAUUGAUUAGAUACAACUGUUGAAAUGAAACCAAAUUGUCAGCCACCUGUCGUC